UGUAGGGUCUAGUCAAUUAUUUUAACUGUUUGGGGACGAAUUAGUCCAGAUGGAUCUUGUUGAAAAGUUUUGCCAGGUGGAGUGGAGGUGGGGUCUGGGGUAGGGAAGGGGAAGGUGGGUGGAGGUUGUGGGGGAUGGGGACGGAGCGAGCUCUGCCUCUGCUAAUGGGCAUUGGCCUGGGGCUUCGAAACCAUUGGCUGUCCUGGUAAUGACACGUCCAGUUCUUGUCUCCCCGCCGCGGACCGGGCUGGCUGACUCGGACUGGGGUUCUUUCCCCGCGCGGGGAGGGGCGUUCUUCGCCACCUCCUGGGGUUGCCCACUCGCGGCGUGGGGACCCCCUACGCACACUCCCUCCCCUGCGCGCUGCCGAACCUCUGCUCGAGCGACUUUUGUAUCCAGCCGGCGGUCAAGGGGUGCGGGGGGGUUCUCGGCGCGGACGUCCCUGCGCGGCCAACCCGCGCCCAGCCCCACGCGCGCGCUCGGUCCAAGCCUGGAAUGGCAGCGCAGGGCCGGGCGCCGGCGGUGCCUCCCUGGGGGGGGGACAGUGGAGGGAGAGGCAGUGGCAGCGGGAUCUUCUCUGGCCCGGGGGAGGAGGAGAAGCAGAGGGAGGCGUUUUCUGCCCAGACUGCCGCCAGUUCCAGCAGACACGGGCCGGGGACACUCCACUCGUUGCUUCUCCGUUAUCCAAAAGUCACUGUCAUAUGACAUAGGCUUUGCCGCAGUUCAUUGUCCUCCCUGUGUACUUUCCAUUUGCCUUCUUGGAGACAGAGUCUCACUUUAUGGCCCUUGGUGGAGUGCCAUGGCCUCACGCAGCUCACAGCAGCCUCCAACUCCUGGGCUUAAGCGAUUGUCUUGCCUCAGCCUCCUGAGUAGCUGGGACUGGACUACAGAAGCCCUCCACAAUGCCUGGCUAUUUUUUGGUUGCAGCUUUGUCCGGCGCCGGGUUUGAACCCGCUGCCCUCGGUAUAUGGGGCCGGCUCCUUACCGACUGAGCCACAGGCGCCGCCCAGAAAUUGUUUUAAGUAGUCUCAACAAUCAUUUAAUAUAUUUGAGUAUUAAAAUUAAGUAGCUUUUGUAUUUACUAACUUUAAGGUUAUAUUUGCUGGGAACAACUUCCUGCUUUGCUAAACUUUAAUUUGCCAUGCCUUUUUGAUCUCAGAUAAAUUUAUAAGCUCUGUAUAUUUUGAAAAUGGCUUUGUACCUACUUUGAUCUACAGUGGUAUUCGAAAUAGAUUCAUGAUUCUUUAUUUAAAGAGCUCUGACAACCAAAUGAAAAGUUGUUUGUUUGUUUUUUCUCCAAAAGUUUCGUAUCAAAAUUUAUUCGGUAACAAAAACUAACCCAGACUUUCAUGAGACUGUUUGAAGUAGUUUUUAAGUCCACUUAGGAAGGAAUAUUUUUAUAUAUUUUGCUAUAGAAAUAAUAGUAUUGAUUAUGAGAUAUGAUCCUAGAUUUAGCUGGGAAUGUUACAUUGUAUACAUUGUUUUACCUUUUUAAGAUUCAAAAAAUCUGAAUCCUGAAACAUAUCCUCUGAGGAUUUUAAAUCCGAGAUUGUGAUCCUAUUUUAUUAAUUUCUUUAAUCCACAGAAUGAAAUUAUCUAAUAUUUCUAUCCACUUAACCCAGUAAAAAUUCUUUUGCUGAUUUUGGUCAUUGAUCGUCUGAACAUUUUGAGUUGAUUGCAAACUGGCAAAUCAUGGAAGAGUUUUAUCAUU